AUGGAUGCUAAAGAACUAGAAACCUAUGAAUACCAACUCAGCCAGGUCAACCUCGUCCUGGAAAAAGACCCAACGAAUGCCGAAUGUUUAAGUCUGAAGGGAGAACUUGUUAAUCUCAUUACUCUUACCAAAGAUUUCUUAGCUCAGACUGGUAGUAGCAAACAAACUAACUCGUCCGGUGAUCACAAAGAAUCGUCACUAGAUCCUUCCACCAAUAACACCAACAAAAACUCUCGCAAUGGAUCGAAAACUCCAAACGAACAAGACAGAUCUACCAAAUCUCAAGUAUCUUCAAACCACGCCGAAAAUCUCAAGUCGCUGAAUGCCGGCGAUCUAUGCAUGGCCAAAUACGCUGGAGAUGGUAAGUACUAUCCAGCAAAAAUCACAACGAUUGGUGGGUCGUCAGAAACAAGGAUUUACACGGUGGUUUUCAAGGGAUACGAUACUACUGAGCUAGUCUCGGCAUCCGAGAUCAGACCGUUAGCCGACCAGAAGAAACGAACGUUGGACGCCACCGAACAAGAAUCCGACAAGGAUCGCAAACGAAAGAAAAACGAAAAGAAGACCGAGAAUAAGGCUGCCAAGGCGGCCGAGCAACUCGAGAAACAAAAAUCAUGGCAGUCGUUCGCCAAGAAAAGUGUCAAGAAGGGCGUCCAUAUCCCCGGCAUUGUUGGCGACUCUAUGUUUGCAUCGCCGGAUAAUCCUUUUGGAAAAGUUGGCGUGGUCGGAUCUGGUAAAGGCAUGACACAGUACGGAAGUAAACAGCGUCAUAAAUUCAACGGUAACGGUCUCGAAUGA